GCUCUUUGGAGGCUUGAUCCUGGAUGUGAAGCGCAAAGCCCCGUGGUUCUGGAGCGACUUUCGGGACGGUGUGAGCCUGCAGUGCCUGGCAUCCUUCCUCUUCCUCUACUGUGCCUGCAUGUCCCCCGUCAUCACCUUCGGGGGACUGCUGGGGGAGGCCACCAAAGGCCACAUAAGCGCCAUGGAGUCGCUGCUGGGCGCAUCCAUGACCGGUGUGGUGUAUUCCCUCUUUGCUGGCCAACCUCUCACCAUCCUCGGCAGCACCGGCCCCGUCCUUGUGUUCGAGAAGAUCCUCUACAAGUUCUGCAGGGAGCACGCGCUCUCCUACCUGUCCCUGCGGGCCUGCAUCGGGCUCUGGACCGCCUUCUUGUGCGUCGUGCUGGUGGCCACGGACGCCAGCUCCCUGGUGUGCUACAUCACCCGCUUCACCGAGGAGGCCUUCGCCUCCCUCAUCUGCAUCAUCUUCAUCUAUGAGGCGCUCGAGAAGCUCAGCCACCUGCGCGAGACCUACCCCGUGCACAUGCACAGCAAGCUCGACCUCCUCACCAUCUACUACUGUAAGUGCGAGCCCCCAGCCCAUCCCAGCAAUGAAACCCGACGCUUCUGGGACACCAACGGGAUCAACGUGUCCAGCAUCACCUGGGAGAACCUCACGGUGACUGAAUGUCGCCGUGCGCACGGGGAGUUCCGAGGACCCGCAUGCGGGCGCAACGGCCCCUACGCUCCUAACGUCCUCUUCUGGUGCUGCAUCCUCUUCUUCUCCACCUUCCUCCUGUCCGGCUUGCUGAAGAAGUUUAAAACCAGCCGUUACUUCCCAACCAGAGUCCGCUCCACAGUGAGUGACUUCGCCGUCUUCCUCGCCAUCGUCACCAUGGUGCUCAUUGACUUCAUGGUUGGGAUCCCAUCGCCGAAGCUCCACGUCCCCCAUAUGUUCAAGCCCACCAGGGAUGACCGCGGGUGGCUCAUCAGCCCCAUAGGACCCAACCCGUGGUGGACGGUGCUGGCCGCGCUCAUCCCAGCUCUGCUCUGCACCAUCCUCAUCUUCAUGGACCAGCAGAUCACUGCCGUGAUCGUCAACAGGAAGGAGCACAGGCUGAAGAAAGGAUGCGGGUACCACUUGGACCUCUUCAUGGUGGCCGUGAUGCUGGGGGUGUGCUCCGUGAUGGGGCUGCCCUGGUUCGUGGCUGCCACCGUCCUGUCCAUCACGCACGUGAACAGCCUCAAGGUGGAGUCCGACUGCUCAGCACCAGGGGAGCAGCCCAAGUUCCUGGGCAUCCGCGAGCAGAGGGUCACGGGCUUGAUGAUCUUUGUGCUCAUGGGCUGCUCCGUCUUCUUCACGGCUGCCUUGAAGUUCAUCCCAAUGCCUGUGCUUUACGGUGUCUUCCUCUACAUGGGGGUGUCGUCGCUCAGAGGAAUUCAGUUCUUUGACCGCUUGAAGCUGUUCUGGAUGCCGGCCAAGCACCAGCCGGAUUUCAUCUACCUGCGCCACGUGCCCUUGCGGAAGGUUCACUUCUUCACCCUCAUCCAGCUCCUCUGCCUCGUCCUGCUCUGGGCCAUCAAAGCAUCCCGAGCUGCCAUCAUCUUCCCCAUGAUGGUCCUGGCGCUGGUCUUCGUGCGGAAGGUGAUGGAUCUGUGCUUCUCCAAGCGCGAGCUCAGCUUCCUCGAUGACCUCGUGCCCGAGAGCAGGAAGAAGAGGUUGGACGAUGCCAAAAACGAAGCCAAAGAAGAGGAGGAAUCCCGUAAGAUGAUGGAAGCCGCUGCUGCGGGCUCGGUCCAGCUGCGCCUGCUGGCCAAGGGCAGCCAAGCGGGGGUCCCAAAGGGAAGCACUGAGAG